GUUCUAGGUCUGUUUUGAUAAUGGCCAAAUAAUAAGUAAGGAAUAAAACAUCUGGGCAGGCCAUGUAACAAUACAUUUUGUAAUAACUUUUUUUUUUUUUAAAAAAAAGGUUUUAUUCCUAUUUUUACUCUUGUACAACAUGCUUGUCAAUGAAAAGGGUUUUUAUUAUUUAUCUUGAAAUUGCUCACUUGUUCCAAAAAAUAUUUAAUGUAAAUACAAGCUGAAAUUUAACAUGUGCAAACAGGUUCCUUUUAUCACUUCUGUUAAAGCUGCUAUAAACACUCAUUGCCUCAUCAGUCCAUCUUUCUCUCUUGAAGUUAAAAUAGCAAACGUCUGCACUGUCAUGUCAUGAACUACUGUUGGAGGGUUUUGUGUUUUUUAUUUAUUUAUUUUUUUAAUUCACUCACUCACUAUAUACUGGUGAAUCCUUCCACACAUUAAACAUCUUGCAGUUGUCUUGCAAUAAAACAACUUUAAUACCUCAACAGUUGUCAAAACAGCAUUGGAAGAAAAAUCUUAUCUUGGACUAUUAUCCAAGCUUAUGAAUGAGCGGUCAUCAUAUUUGAACAAGUGCAUUAAUAUAAUCCUGUGCUUUGCAGUUGGGACUGUUGUCGGAGCUGCUUUUUAUAGAAGUUUAAUCAAUGCCAUCCUACCAUUCAAUGGCUUUCCCAUCUUAAUUUAAAACCCCCUUUUUACAGUGUACAUAAGUGUACUAUAUUGCAAUAAAUAUACUAAUAUUUGAAUUUUAAUAACAUUUAAAUUAACAUUUAAUUGGUGUUUAAAAAAAAAAAAAAAAAAAAAAAGCACAAUUCCACUGUGAAUUGCAAAUUUCAGUUAAAACCUGAAAGUGGUGCUGAAUUGUGUACUGGCAUCUUUAGCAUUUUCUAUGCAGUCUGUGUUUGGCUCUUAAUGUUGUUUACAAGGGAAACGAAUCCCUUCACUGAUGAAGGGCACAUACUGUUUCCAGCCAGCUAGGGAAGCUUGCAGUUACUACAGUGAGUUAAAGAGCACUGAGAUGUGACUAGAUUACAGAGGCCAUUGAGAGAACACCAUCACCAGUGUACCUAUUGUCAUCUGCCAAGAAUUUGCCAUUAUCCCUUCAGAGCUAUUAAUAUGGGGAGGAUUGCGUCGCUGUGGGUAUGUCAGACUGUAGCGUCAUUGUGAAAACUUUACCUCACCCUUUUGUUGAUGUUUGGGGCAGUGUUUGACCGGGCAAAACAGGCAGCCACAGUAUAAAAAGAGCAUGUUGUGGAAAAAAGUUUAUACAAGGAGGUGAUCCUACAAAAAGCAUUACAUUAUCUUUCUGCUGUAGAUCUAGCUGUAUUGUAAAAUCUGACUAACAGAUUUGUCUGAUUUAAAAAAAUGUCUCGUCCUUUAUUCAAUCGGAACGCUAGCUGGGAUACUCUCCAGGACUGGCCGAAGUCAAGUAUUUCAGAUCCGUGCAUGGGAGCACCUUUUGUACCUGAACCAGAUGAUGGUAGCUGGUUGAACACAGUCAGGAGAACACUGGAAACCUCUUCUUGGCCUGGAUUUCUAUCAUUUCCUUUGGUAACUUCUGUUUGUCCAGAAGUCUCGUCUUCAUCCAGAGACGGACAACCAUUUUCACAUGUGAAAUGUGACAAGAUGUGGAGAAUCUCUUUAGAUGUCAGCCAUUUUUGUCCAAAGGAACUUUGUGUCAAAAUAAGCAAGGGCUACUUAGAAAUAACAGGUAAACAUGAGGAAAGACACUAUGACCAUGGGACCAUUUCCAGGAGUUUUACAAGGAAGUACAAGCUGCCUCCAGAAAUUGAUUUGCAAAAGAUGAGCUCUUUGCUUUCUCCAGAAGGGGUUCUCUUGGUUGAGGUACCUGUUGGCAUUUCUUCCAACAGAUGUCCCACAGAAACUGUUAUCCCAAUACAAAUGAAGGAAAAACAUUAGGUUUGUCAAGUAUAUACGACAUUUACUGCUUGUAAAUGUUAAAUAUUGUAAGUUUCAGUGUGUGAAUUCUAUUUCUUUUACUUUUUUCACUGCCAACAGAGUGCAUUCACUUUUUUUCUUAUGAGUUUUCUUUCCUAAGUAAAUUUUAUCAGAAGUUGUUGAUUUAGCUGUUUGGAUUUAGGUGACACAACAAUAACUAUUGUGCAGUUCAGAAUUAUAUAUAUUUCCAUGCACUUAUAAAGUUACAGUUAACUCUUCACUCUUACUUGUACAGGACUACUUACAAAAUCAGUAAUUUGUUAUCCUUGUGCCUCUUUAUAUCAGUAAUUAUUAAUGCCAACUAUAUAUAUUAAAUAAAAAUUGAUUACAAGUGUGAUUUGCAGCUUUAUCAUCACAUUAUUAAAAACAUACCUGCUGAUUAUUGUAUAGUGCCUCUUUAAGCUCCUGCUC